AUGGCCGCCAACGUUGAAUCAAAACUCAUCAAAUUUCUGAAAGAAGGCAAAUUUGCGUUGCAGAUUGAUGAAUCAACUGUGAUAGAUAACAGAGCUGCUUUAGCUUACGUGAGAUUCAUAAAUGAGAGUAAGGAGAUUAACGAGGAAAUGUUGUUUACAAGAACUUUGUACACAGAUGCAAAAGGAUCGUCGAUUUUUAAAUUGGUCAAAGAUUAUUUUGAGGUAAAAGAAAUUCCCCUCACAAAUAUGGAUAAUGUCGAAAAAUGGGGAAAUGCUCCAGACAUCAAAUCAAAGGAUACUCAACCGCAAUUGAAAACAAUGAAUAUGGAUGCCAUGUUCAAUCAAAAUGUAGUUUUUGCAAUGUUAAUCACCCUGAUUAACGUUUCAUUUGCAGCUAACAAUAAAUACAAAUUGGAGUUCGUUCAGAUGAUGUAUCGCCAUGGUGACCGAGCUCCACAGGCGCUAUAUCCAACAGACCCUAAUUCAGCUUCUGAUUGGCCACUAGGCUUAGGAGGUCUGACUGCGCUUGGUAAAAGAGAGCAUUAUUUAUUAGGAAAACUUUUUCGAAAAAUGUAUGAGGGGUUUUUCACAACCAAACCAACAGAGGUUGAUGCUGUAAGCACGGAUAUCGACCGAUGCAUAAGUAGUGCUCAAGCUAAUUUUGCAUCAUUUUUCGCUCCCACUCCAGAAUGGAAGUUUUUAGAUGAUUUUGAUUGGCAGCCCAUACCUAUAACUACUGUUCCCAAUGCCUUAGAUAAAUAUUUAGGAUAUCCUGGUACCUGUCCCGCAUUUGAAAACGCUAUCGACAGAAUUUUCAACUCACCCUCCAAUAAAGCAUAUAACGCAAAACAUCAGAAAUUGUAUGAAUAUCUGACGAAAUAUACAGGAGCUGAAAUAAAUGAUUACCUUGGUGCCCGGAAAAUAUAUGACAUUUUAUUUAUUGAAAAAAAGUACAAUCUUACGAUUCCUAGUUGGGUUCCUCCAAUAUUUGACGAAUUGAAAGAUGUAGCGGCUAAUGCUUAUUCAUAUAUUUAUAGCUCAAAAGAAAUCCUACGUUUGAGAGCAGGUCCCAUUCUUGGACUCGUGAACAAAGUAUUCGAUGAUAAAAUGGAAGGUAAAGCCCCAGAAUUGAAAUUUCGAACAUAUUCAUCACAUGAUGUGAACAUUGGUGCAGUAUUAGCAGCUCUUGAUAAUCUUCCUAGAAAAAUUAUAAAUUAUUGUUCAACUCUUAUAUUUGAGCUGUACUCUGGUUCGAAAGGACAAUACUUCCUUCGACUUCUUCUCUUAAACACUCCAAAUAUUGACAAGUUCAAUCAGACACCCGAGGUUUUAAUUCUGCCUGGAUGUAAAGAGUACUGUCCCUACAAAAAGUACUUGAAGUUCACGAAUCCUUAUGCCCACACUGAUUAUGAGAAAGAAUGCGAUCGUGAUUCUACUGAAGAUGAUGCCAUCUCAUACGCGCUUUCUGUUUGAAACCCGAAGAUGAAAGUUGAGAAUCAUUCUUUCUGUUGUGAUAUGAACGACAGAAACAUCACUAAAACUAUGUACAAGUUUAA